CGAGCUCUAACAAGUUGCAAAGGCCUUGGUGCCGCGUUCAACUUCUAGGGUCAGCAGCCCUUCUCUUGAUCCAGCUCAGGCGCAUCUCAAGAUGGCGGCGCCGGGCAGCAACGGCGACGUCGCUUUCAUUGGACUGGGCGCCAUGGGCAGCGGCAUGGCGGCCCACCUGGUGAAACAAGGGUUUGCGGUCUGUGGCUUCGAUGUGUACGGCCCUUCAAUGGCCAAGUUGCAGGCGGCAGGGGGGAAAGCAGCCGCCAGCCCAGCAGAGGCUGCCCAAGAUGCGGCGCUCCUGGUGGUUAUGGUCACAAACUCUGAUCAAGCGGAGAGCGUCCUUUUUGGCGAAAAGGGGGCCGCUGCGGCGUUGGCAAAGGGCGCCACUGUGGUGCUGUGCUCCACAGUGCCCCCAGAUUUUGUGCGGGGCCUGGAGAGAAAACUUGCAAGCCUGGGCCUACUGCUGGUAGAUGCGCCGGUUUCUGGCGGGGUGGUGCGCGCAGCCGCUGGGACGCUCACUAUCAUGGCUGCGGGAUCGCCUGAGGCGCUUCAAAACGCGGAGCAGGUUCUCAAGGCUUUGAGCGAGAAUCUGUACAUCAUCCCUGGGGGCGCUGGGAGCGGCAGCAACGUGAAGAUGGUGAAUCAGCUGUUGGCCGGGGUGCACAUUGCGGCCGCGGCAGAAGCAAUUGCGCUCGGUGCACGCGCGGGGCUCGACACGCGGCUGCUGUAUGACAUCAUCAGCAAGGCCGCCGGCAACUCUUGGAUGUUUGAGAACCGCGUGCCGCACAUGCUGGAGCAGGACUACGCGCCCAAGUCCGCGCUCGACAUUUUCGUCAAGGACCUGGGCAUCGUGCUGGGCGAGGCCAAGGGGCUCAAGUGGCCGCUGCCCCUCUCCGCCGCGGCGCACCAGCAAUUUCUCGCAGGCUCUGCCGCGGGGCUUGGCCGAGAGGAUGACGCAGGGGUAGUCAGGGUCUUUGAGAAGCUAUCCGGCGUUAGCGUGGCAGCCCCCAAGCCCCCCCGAGCGCCUCUCGCCCUCCCUCCCGCAGACCCAAACGCCCCCAAACCAGCGGUCGGGUUCAUAGGCCUGGGCGCCAUGGGGGGUGGAAUGGCCAUCAACCUCGUCAAGACGGGCUUCCACGUCACCGGCUUCGAUGUUUACCCGCCUUCCGUGGAACGGCUGACGUCAGCCGGGGGUAGCGCCGGCAGCAGCCCUGCGGCAACCGCUAAGGGCGCGGACGUUCUGGUGAUCAUGGUCACCAACUCGGACCAGGCGGAGGCGGUGCUUUUUGGAGAGGCGGGCGCCGUGCCGGCCUUGUCGGAUGGAGCGACGGUCGUGCUGUGCUCGACUGUACCCCCAGACUACGUGCGCAGCCUCACAUCAAGGCUCGAAGGCGAAGGGCGCGGGCUGCGCCUGGUGGACGCCCCGGUAUCGGGCGGCGUUGCAAAGGCGGCGGACGGCACGCUGACGAUAAUGGCCGCUGGCUCCGACGACGCCCUCGCAGGCGCCGCUUCCGUGCUGCGAGCCAUGAGCGAGAACCUGUACGUCAUCCCCGGUGGGGCGGGAGCCGGCAGCAACGUGAAGAUGGUGAACCAGCUGUUGGCGGGCGUGCACAUCGCGGCCGCGGCCGAGGCGGUCGCGCUCGGCGCGCGAGCGGGGCUUGACACGCGGCUGCUGUAUGACAUCAUCAGCAAGGCCGCCGGCAGCUCCUGGAUGUUCGUGAACCGCGUGCCCCACAUGCUGGACAACGACUACACGCCCAAGUCCGCGCUCGACAUCUUCGUCAAGGACCUCGGCAUCGUUUUGGGCGAGGCCAAGAGCCUCAAGUUUCCGCUGCCGCUGGCUGCCCAAGCCCACCAGCUGUUCCUCCUCGGCUCUGCUGCUGGCUUCGGACGGGAAGACGAUGCUGCUGUUGUCAAGGUCUACGAGAAGCUCGCCGGCGUUUCAGCCGCGGCUCCCCUCCCAUUAAACCCCUCAAACCUCGCCGCCGCUCCGUCUUCUUCCCCCUCGUCAACGCCGACUCUUUCCCUCCAAGCCACGCUCGCCGCGCUGCCUCCGGAAUGGCCGGAGGACCCCCUUCCGGAAAUCCAGGAAGCGGUCGGGGCCAAGAACCGGGCACGGCCAGUCAUGGUGGUGUUAGACGACGACCCGACCGGGACGCAGACCGUGCACGGGGUGGCAGUGCUGACGGAGUGGAGCGUGGAGAGUCUGACGGCGGAGCUGGCGGGCCGGCCGCCGUGUCUAUUCGUGCUCACGAACUCACGGGCGUUGCAUACCGAUGAGGCCGCGGCGCUGACCAGCGAGAUCUGCCGCAACCUGGUCGCGGCUGCCGACGCGGCAGGGCACCUGCCUUUCACGGUGGUGCUACGUGGCGACUCCACGCUGCGCGGGCACUUCCCGCAGGAGCCCGAGGCGGCCGCCGCCGUGCUCGGAGAGACGGACGCGUGGCUGCUCGCGCCGUUCUUCCUGCAGGGGGGCCGGUACACCAUCGGCGACGUGCACUACGUGGCGGACGGGGAUAGGCUGGUCCCGGCGGGGGAGACCGAAUUUGCCAAGGACGCCGCGUUUGGGUACCGAUCUUCCAAUUUGAAGGAGUGGGUGGAGGAGAAGACCGGGGGACGGAUGACGAUAGCCAAUGUGGCAUCCGUCUCACUCGAGACAAUACGGCAGGGAGGGCCAGAGGCGGUGGCCAAAGAGCUCUUGAGUCUGAAGAAGGGCGCUGUGUGCGUGGUUAACGCCGCGUCCGAGCGCGACAUGCGCGUCUUCGCGGCCGGGAUGCUCCGCGCCGAGGCCGCCGGGCGCCGUUUCCUCUGCCGGACGGCCGCCGCGUUCGUGUCCGCAUCCGCGGGGAUCGAGCCGCGGCCGCCGCUCGGCCCCGCCGAUCUGAAAGUGACCAGAAAGUCGUGCCGGGGGCAUGGGGGCCUGAUUGUGGUCGGGUCGUACGUGCCCAAAACGACUGCGCAAGUUGAGGAGCUGCUGCGGCUGCGGGGAAACGAGCUGGAGCAGCUGACGGUGUCCGUUGCGGCGGUUGCGUCCGACGACGCCGCCGUCCGAGAAGAGGAGAUUGCACGCACCGUGCGGCGCACGGAGGCGGCCCUGCGCAGCGGCCGGGACACGCUUAUCAUGACGAGCCGCAAGUUGGUGACCGGCACGAAUGCGGCGUCGAGCCUCGCAAUCGGCGGCCGCGUCAGUUCGGCGGUGGUCGAGAUCGUGCGGCGGAUCCAAGUCGAGCCGCGCUAUCUUCUGGCGAAGGGCGGCAUCACUUCCUCCGACCUGGCCGUAAAAGCGAUGGGCGCCACGCGGGCGGAGGUCGCCGGGCAGGCCCUCCCGGGCGUGCCCCUCUGGCGGCUGGGGCCCGGGAGUCGGUACCCCGGGGUGCCUUACAUCGUCUUCCCGGGCAACGUCGGCGGAAAGGACGCCAUCGCACAGGUGGUGGCCACGUGGGCUCUGCCCCCCGCCCCGACCACCUCCGGCCUGCUGGAGAGCGCCCGGGAGGGCGGGUAUGCGGUCGGGGCGUUUAAUGUGUACAACCUGGAAGGCGUCGCGGCGGUGGUGGCAGCGGCAGAGGCUCUCCAGAGCCCGGCGAUAUUGCAGAUCCACCCCGGUUCCUUGGACCACGGCGGGCGGCCCCUCGUUGCGUGCUGCCUGGCGGCCGCCCGGGAUGCGGCAGUGCCGAUCACGGUGCACCUGGACCACGGGGCGAAGGAGGAUGACGUCAUGGCUGCGUUGCAACUGGGCUUCGACUCAGUUAUGGUUGACGGGUCGCACCUGCCGUACGACGAGAACGUGGCCUACACGCGGCGCGUGGCGCGAGCGGCGCACGCGCGCGGCAUGGCGGUCGAGGCGGAGCUGGGCCGGCUAUCGGGCACGGAGGACGGGCUUACCGUGCAAGAGUACGAGGCCAAGCUCACGGACGUCCAACAGGCACGUGACUUCCUGGCAGCGACGAAGAUCGACGCGCUCGCGGUGUGCAUCGGUAACGUGCACGGCAAGUACCCGGCGUCCGGGCCCAAGAUCGAUUUGGACAGGCUCCAGGCACUGCGAGAAGCAGCGGGCUCGACGACCCUGGUUCUCCAUGGAGCGUCGGGACUGCCGGAAGACCUGGUCAAGGCGUGCAUCCGUGCGGGUGUGACCAAGUUCAACGUCAACACGGAGGUGCGCGCCGCGUACUUAGAAAGCCUGCGGCAGCAGUCGGGGGCGCGGGAUUUGGUGGACGUCAUGAGAGCCGCGGGAGAGGCCAUGCAAGCGGUGGUUGCGGAAAAGAUGCGGAUGUUUGGCUCCGUCGGAAAGACGCCAUUUAGCUAAUCAGCAGCUACGUGGAAUUGCAUCAGUGGUUUUUACCCCUGACGUGCUGAAUCCUCUCCAGGUCACAUUGGGGCACGCGCGAUGAAGUUGGAGCACUUGAUUAUGGCGACAACCCAGUCGUCCGGCCAUCACAUCUGUAGAGCGAGUUGAGUGAGUAUAGCUCGUGAGGUGCUGAAAUCCAAACGAGUUGCACACUAGAAGGUUGACCUCGUUCUGAGGCAAUGUACGCGCAUGAUGUCUUGGCCCAUGCUCGUUCAAACUGCGGCUCGUGUUCAAGACCGAGUUCAUAUAUCGCGAAUUCAAUGCAGGCCUUCACGAUGAAGAUAUAAAAU